CGCUAGAUUCUCCAUCUUAAGUUUUCUUCGCGGUGUGUCGGGUGUCGCGAUCGUGAUGUGCAGAAAGUAUUUUUGUGAAAACUAGUGCUUACUGUUACAAUUCGGCGGUAAUGUAAACGACGUUAGGUUAAAAACUACUUUUCAUAGAAAUAUAGUGUUGGUUCGUAGCAUUCGAAGUGGUUGAUGUUAAAGUGCACCAGUUAUCAAAGCGCUAAACUAGUCUGAAAAAUUGUGUGGGCCCAAAAGCUAAGAAGGAAAACCAAGCGACAGUAGAAGUGGAAGAAUAAUUUUCCGUGCUGCAAGGGUUUGAGCUACCCUGGAUUUAUAGGUGGAGCUGCUUGUGAUCCGGAAUACGAAUUAGUCAGCAGUUAUAAAAAAUCCAAACCAUCUGCAGUUUCGACUAGUUUAUGUGUCCAAUGAAAAGCAGAGCUCGGUUCUGGAUGACGAAUGGAAAUGGCCGCGGCUGUCGAGGAGCCUGAUCUGUUCAAUGGCUUGGAGAUCACCGAAAUGGACGAGUUGAACAUGGAGAACGGAGAUGAAUAUGUUUUUAUACCGUCGGACAACGAGAACGACGAAGAGAACGGCAAUGGUGGCGAUCACGAUUCCUUGGCCAGCCAUUCCGUGUUUGAGCGAGCGGCAGUAUCUGCGGUGUCGCAUUCACAGGUCGCAACUGUUCAGCAAACAGAGGGCGGUGUAGUGGCAAUUACCGAUCGAACUUCAACAGAAGCUGAUGAGGAAAAGGCACUUCCCCGGAUUGAUUUAGCGACUUUACUGCAGAAAACUUUUGGCGACGACAUUGAUAGUGAAACGGAAGAAACUGCAAAUGUUGACAUGUCGGUGGCUGCGCAAGCGCCCAAAGAUCAAGAAAAUGAAAGGUUCAUGGUUCGCUAUGACCUAUCGUUGGACACACAAGCAUUGUUGAGUCUUGAUCAAACAGAAAUAAUGGCUUCGCUGGGAGCGGAUGCAGCCAGUUGCCAAACUGGUCAUGAUGUCGGUAUUACUAUCAAAGGAGAAAUCGAUAUCGAAGAAGCGGUAAUAAAUUUUCCUGAUGAUGAAGAGGCUGGACUAUCAAACUUGCCAGGCAUGCAUCUAGAAAUUAUUGAUCACGAUGACCAUCACUUGGGUAGUGAAGUAAUUACCCUUGACUCCGAUGCCGCUGAGAGUGAAACGGAUGAAGAUUGCGUUUUAAUGUCUCUAAUAGAACAGUGUCCUAUUACUGUUGAAGAUGAAGGUCCGAAUGAAGACAAAACGCCCGUAGAAAACGAUCAUGCCUAUACAUCGCAGACUUCCUUGACAGAGGCAAUACCUCACGGCGCUGUAAAAAUUAAAAAGGAAUUAAACAUCCAAACGCUGGUCGAAAUAUCCAAACAAUUAUUAGAAGAAGCCAGUUCACCUGUGGACGAUAUAAAUGAAACACUAAGGAGUAUCGCAACACUCGAAGAGCAUGUGAAUUCGCUUAAAGAGAAAAUUUUAUCACGUCGUGAAAUUGAUGCUCUCACACCAGGUGAGCCAGAUAAUGUGCCGGUGGAAUUACCUUCCAAUGAUGCACAGCCAUGCCCUGCUGGCCUAGAGUUAGCUCCUGUAGCUUCGCCCCUACCCGCAGAUCAAGAUAUUUCCGAUCAUAUACCGCAGCUCCCUAUUGAUGCUCCGCGUACUACAGUUUUGCAGCAAGAACUAACCGAAACAGACAAUCUGUCGGUCGUACUCUCGGAGAAUUGCUCAGAACGGUUAGAGUGUCACUCUCUAUCCGAUCUAGCCAUGUCUGAGGUAAAUGAAGCUGUACCUAGCACUAAUCCGGCUACAAGUGACGGUGUUUUAAAAGAAAUGUCAAUUGAUAGCGAUGGCGAUAUUUCAUCGUACGAGGAUGUUAUGACAAAUGAUUUAUCGAAACUACUGUCCCCUCACCGUUCGGAGCCACUAGAAGCUGGAAAUGGUUGCGAUGUUGACAUGCAGCAUGAUCCAGUGAAUGAAACUGGUGACGUCGCUGAGUGCGGAGACCCUACUGCGGAAACAGAGGUGGAAGAUGCUGUACCUGGAACUGAUCGAUCAGAGAUGGAAUGCGAUUCGGAUGCUAAUAAAAAUGAGAAUAAAAUUGAACAGUCUAACGAAGUAAACAAAGCAAAACAUUUAUGCAUUACUAGUAUAGAUGAUUUAAUAGCCUAUGGCGAAGUCUUUGCCAACGAGUGUGACAAAUGGGGCAGCAAGAUUAAAGAAUACCGUAAGAAUUUGAAACCUGCGUGUGAAACAGACGAUGCUUCUUUAGAGCGGGAAGACUCUCCAUCGGAUGUUAAUGAGUCUAAUCGGUUGGAAGAAUUUGUGGCUAAACUCACAAAGUGCAUGCAACGUCUUUCUUCUACAGAACACCCCGCAAAAAGUACCCCACCAAUCAUAGAGAAAGUUAGUAUUUCCGUUCAAACUGAGAGAAGAAAGCUUACCGCCGAAAAAGCUAAGGUACUGAAUGAGAAAUGCAAACAGCGAUUGCUCAGCUCUUUGGCGGCUGUCGAAGCUGUAUACAGUGAUUCGUCAGUUGGUGAGGAAUCAUAUGUUUCCAACGAUGGUGCAGACUCCGGCGACUCUGCAGAUGUUACUCGACCUGAACUUGAUUCUGACGAUGAAGCGUUCGAAAGGCGACAAAAUCGACGAAAGAAUAAACGUUUAGAGCGAGAUAAACUGCGAAAUUUGAAGCAAAGAUCUGAACAAGAAAAAGUUAAGUCAGAAGAAAAAGAUGAUGUUUCUGAUUCGGAUGUAUUUCCAUCAAGAAGCCGCAACAACAUCAAUCGCUUAAAGGAUACUGAUUCACGAAGCGAUGGCGAAAAAAUGGAUCAGGAAGAUUCGUCAGAACCAGAUCUAUCGCAGUACUUAGUGCCGAAGUCUCCACUUUCGUCAGCAGUCGGAACAGUGGAAGAAAAUAUUUCCGUUAAAAAUGAGCCAUAUUCAGAGAACGAUUCCGAGCCGGUCUGUCGGAAGCGAAUCAUUCGUACUGACAGUGUCGAUUAUGGGAAUGAUGGAGUCGAUGAUGAAACCGGAAAUGAAUCUGUCACAAAAAUGGACGACGAGGAAGAUUUUGACCCGUCGGUUAAGCUUGAGUCAUCGUUGAGCAUAGUGGAUUCCCAGAAUGUUGUGCCCUCUCAGGAAAAAUUGAAUGAAGAAAAUGAAGAGGCACACAGUAGCAGAGACGGGGAAGAGCAAUCUGAUAGUGAGCUGUUAGAUGAUGUGCUACCACCGGUCGAUGAUAUUUUAUUGGAUGUAGAUGAUAUACUGCCCGCUGCAGAAGGCGUUGUACAGGAUUAUCUGGUGGAGGAAGAGGUGCGCACAGAGCAGGAUAUUUUGGAACAGAAAAACGACACAAGUGUGGAUUUAACAGACGAACCAAAGAAAAUUGUCACAAAAAAUGACACUGAUACAGAUCAAAAGAGUGAAAAUCGUGGUAAUGCGAAAAAAGAGAAGCAGCCGAAUUUAGAGGACAUGACCGAAUCGGAACUUGAGGAAUACUACGAUAAUCUACGGGAGAAGGAGAUUGACAAGCUAUGCAAUUUAGACAAUUUGGAAGUGGCUAGAAAUGCGUAUCCACAAAAACCGCAAGAAGUGAAAAAGAAACAAGUCGUGAUUAAGAAAAAGAAUCAUGUCAUUGAAGACAUACUGAAUGAUGUGGAAAUGCAGCACGAGUCGGAUGAUAGUGACAGCGACACUGAAGUACUCGAAACGGAAGAGUUGUUCCUGCAGAAGUGCAAUGAAAAUAUGAAACAUCAAAUGUUAAAUCAGCUUAGCAGCAGCGACAGCGGCAAUAACUCCGGCAGUGAUGACAGCAUUGUGGAGGCGCUUCGACAAGAUAGAGAAGGAGAUUCGGAUGAUUCCGCUGGCUCGAUUCUGAUGGAGAAGUUUUUGAAGAGUUUAAAUAAAGAUCAUCCGGCAAGUGAUGAGGAUGAGGAAGAAGAGAAAGCUGACGUAAGUGAUCACGACGACAGCAAUGAAGAGGAUUCUGACAGAGAGAAGACAGCAGAAACAAAAAAGAGUGUAAUCGUGAAAGAAAGUGAAAAGAAUUUUAUCGAUGAUAGCAUGGAAAAAGGUGACAAUGAGGAAGCUAUGGAAAAGAUGAAAGAACGGCUACAAAAAUCGGUUCACAUUAAAAGUGAUACACAAAUUGUUACUACGGAUGAAAAAUCUGCGAAAGAGAAGUCGGGAGAAAGUAAAGUUAGUGUAAGUAAAACUACCAACAUUGAUCCAAUCGACAAGCAAUUGUUUAGUAAGAAAAUGUUUCGAGAAGUGGAUGAAACGUUACAAAAGGAUCGCGAGAGGGGUACACCGGGCAGAGAGAAUGGUUCUGUCACCGAUCGGUCGGAACGUAUUGCCAGCGAGGACUCGGAUGUUGAAUUGCUAGACGUGUCGAUGUUCCAACCGAAACGGAAACUGAAAGAAAAACCUUUGGAAGGCUUUGAUUUUAGUGUUACCGCGAAACGUGGCGCUCAGAUUAAACGAAAGGAUGUGAAGGAAGACGAUUGCAUAAGUCUCAGCUCGGAAAGUGAACCCGAGGUAGAAGAAACGAAAGACGAAACGGAAGAGAAAGAGAAUAAACAGCGAAAAAUUCGAACUAUGCUAACCCAAGAUCAGUUGGCUGAUGAAACCAAAACUGCUCAGAAAGAUGAAGAAAUACGCGUUUCAAGAUUGAAGAAAAAGAACGACCAUCUUAAAAAGUUUUUGACUACCUUUAAACCGGGUCAAGACGAAAGCGAUUUGGUGCUGGAUUAUGAUUCCAAAACCAGUUGUCCAAUCUGCGUACAUCCUGACAUUGUUAAACUGCUCAAACCACAUCAGCGCGAGGGAGUUCGAUUUAUGUACGAUAACACGUACGGCAGCAUAGAUUACAUCAACAAGCACCCUGGUUCUGGAUGUAUUCUUGCGCAUUGCAUGGGACUUGGUAAAACGUUACAGCUGAUUACAUUACUGCAUACGGUGAUGCGCUAUCCUCAACUAAAAACCAGGCGUGUGUUGGUAAUCUGCCCCAAAAGCACUGUAAUGAAUUGGAGCGAUGAAAUUCAACAUUGGCUCGGUUCACUGAAAAGCGGUCCCCGUCUGAAGGUUUUCUACUUCCCCGACAACAGUGACGUGAACGAUAAACUGAAAGUGCUCAGCGAUUGGUACUCGUCCACGGCCAACCGGUGCGGUUGCAUGCUAAUCGGUUACGAAGCUUUCCGCGUUCUGGUAAACUACGAGAAGCGCAAGAGAACACCUUCGAACAUUCUAGCAGCGAAGGCUGCUUUCGUAAAGAAAAAGGUCGACGAAUACCUGCUGAAUCCUGGUGCAGAUUUGGUCAUCUGCGACGAAGGGCAUCAGAUUAAAAAUAAGAAAUCAGCCAUAAGCGGAGCUGUGUCACAAAUUAAAACUCGCCGAAGGAUCGUGCUAACUGGAACGCCUAUUCAGAACAAUUUGAAAGAGUACUACUGCAUGGUGAACUUCAUCAAACCAUCCUUCCUGGGAAGCGACAGGGAAUUCAACAACCUUUAUGCGAAUCCAAUCAAAAAUGGGCAGCAUAAAGACUCCGACAAUCGUGCCAUUAAAAUCAUGAAACAACGAUCGUAUGUACUGCACAACAAACUAUCAAAAUUCGUUCAGAGGCGAGAAGCCGGCGUGCUGAAGGAGUUCCUGCCAGAAAAGUUUGAGUAUGUGUUGUUCGUUCCACUUACGCCCGUACAAGAAAAAAUGUACGAAGUGUUUCUGCAAAUGAAUGAAUACACUACGCCUGCCGGUGAAAACAUUGUCGAGGGUGCUAGGGGCAAAAAGUUCAAGCUGUUGGCCGAUUACACUUCCCUUAGGAAGAUUUGGACCCACCCCAAAGUAUUGGAAAAAGCAUGGGAAACGGCUGUUCAGGAAAAAACUAAACGGGACGCCCGGUUUCGGUUGACAUCCACACCGGAUUCGGAUGAUGAUCGACCCGACGAUUACAACGACAUUUCCUCCGGAGCUUUAUCGGUCACAAACGAUUGGUGGCGGAGACACUUGGAAGCCAAUGAUCUGGAAUCUCUCUACCCAAGUGGCAAACUACGGGUUAUGUUUGAGAUAUUGAAGCAAAGUCAUGAAAGAGGAGAAAAGUGUUUGAUAUUCUCCGCUUUUGUUGCUGUGCUAAAUGUGGUUGAACAUUUUAUGGCAAAGAUACACAAUCAGGAAAAGGAUCCAGCGGCUGAUGUGUACGGGUAUAGUGCAUUCAAAGGACCGUGGGAGCCCGGUAUUGAUUACUAUCGAUUAGAUGGUAAAACUCAGAAAACUAUCCGUCACAGAAUGAUCACUUCUUUCAACGAUCCUUCUAACAAACGAACAAAGUGUUUCCUAAUUUCGGCAAAAGCUGGAGGCCAAGGAAUAAAUCUCAUUGGAGCUAACCGCGUCAUUAUUCUGGACACAUCUUGGAAUCCGUCUAACGAUCAGCAGAAUAUUUUCCGAAUAUUCAGAUUGGGACAGAAGAAGAAGUGUUACGUGUACCGGUUGUUGGCCAUGGGGACAAUGGAAGAGAAAGUGUAUUCAAGGUCUGUCACGAAACAGGCUAUGAGUUUCCGAGUGGUCGACGAGCAGCAAAUCGAUCGGCAUUACAGCUUUUCAGAAUUAGCCGAACUGUACAGUCUAUCACGGGUAGCUGAUCAAGUGCGGGAAACACCUAUUCUUCCAGCCGAUGAUUUGUUAGCUUCGUUAUUGCGCAAUUUCCCGGCAUGUGUGUUCAAAUAUCAUGAACAUGAUUCACUGCUCGAGAAUAAACCGGAACAAGAUUUGAGCGAGGAUGAGAAGAAAGAAGCAUGGGCUGCUUACGAGCGUGAAAUUCAAAACAACGAGAAACCAUCCUAUUUGGGCAAUUUGGGAAUGAUGCCUGGUUUCAUGGGAGCAGGAUUUCCCGGACCACCAGGUUCCGGUAUUGGACCUUAUCCACCGAUGAGUUAUCCUGGCCUUUCGGGAACGUUAGCCGAUAUGUAUCGAAGUGAUUUUGGAUAUGGUUCUAGUAUGAAUAGGCUAAUGUACCCAUACACACAGCAACCGUUUUCCAUGAUGAACGAUCCGAGUUAUUCAUCAAUCAUGGGCAAACAGACAUUUCCCAAUUUUAGCCUUCCUGGUUCAUCGAGCAGCAUUCCGGAUUUCGCAUAUCCUUCCGCAAUGAAUGGACAGGGGCCUCCGGGAGCAACCAGCUACAAUUCUACCGCCGCAUUACAAACACUUUUGGAUUUGUACGCUAAAUCCAUGUCCAGCGGAAUGAGUUCCAGUACAGUAACGACUACUACAGCAACCCAAGGAUCUCCUAGCACAUCGGCAUCGGCAGUAAGCGUUUCACCAUACAAUGCGCUUAGUUCAUUAAAGCAAUUCAACGGAUUUCCCCCUCCGAAUGCUCCAGGUGUUAGUCCUGGUUUAUCACUUCCUUCACAGCAGCAUCCUCCGCCGUCUGCUGCAGGCUUGUCAACUUCCGCUACAUCAAGCAACGCCGCCCUUAUCAAUAUGCUCAAUGAACAGCCGAUGCCAAUGUCUUCGGCAGCUUCGUCGGGUCCGUUCUCUCAUCUAAAUUCUCCCUUACCCGCACCCUCCAUUCCAAUACCACCGCGAAGUACUCCCAGUACGACUGUUUCGUCAAUGGCUACGCCCUUACCAGUAUUAACCAACUCCACAGUGGUCAAAAAUGUUGCUCCAAAUAUCAGCCCCGCACCGAAUCCAACUGUUUCGCCACAGCAAUCGGCGAAACCCACUGGACCAUCGCCAUCACCCAUCACCAAACAAGCAACAAUUGAAACCAACCAAGCAAAGCCAGUUCCACUAACCACAACUGUUGUAGCCAGCGACGACGACGAUGUGGAUGACGAUGGUGUUCCUCGACCGCACAUUAUUGUUCGAGAUCCAUCAUCGAUAAACGCAACAGGGCAGGCUAAACCAACGGACAAAGACAAAGUAGUGAAGAAAAUCAACAUGGGCAUUGUGUAUCCAGAAGAGAAAAAUCAGAAAGAUCAAUCCAAGAAUAUCAUGUUGGGUGCAAAGAGUAUAACAAAUUUAACAAAGCCGACGAUAGCUGUAAAAAAUGUGGAAAGCAUGAAGGCGAUCGUUCCACCAGGAUCCACACCCGGAAGUAACAUCAAAACGGCGUCCCCGGUGCACGCCCUACCGCGCCCUGGAUCGGCCAGCAGCAAGCCUAUCCGUGCCUCGCCAGUACAACUAAUGCAUCAGAAUCUCAGCAAACCACAACCUGCUGGUGCAAAUCAAGCCAUUAUACCACGUACACCUCCGUCAGUAUCGUCGCAGAGUAUGACUCUGAAACAGCAAUCUGCACCUCCCCGGCAGCAAGUACCGGUGAUAACCAGUGCCAAAUCGUUGCAAAUGUCUACCAUCAACUCUCACACGUCGCCCUCGCAGGGAUCUUUCGGUUUGCAGCAAAGGUCGGCCCAUAUAUCCCCAGCAACAUCUAACGCUUCCACGAUUCUACCUACAAGUAUGUCUACAGCAGCUCUGCCGCGUGGGGCAAUAGCCGCUCAACAGCUCCGGGAACUGCAACAGCGAAUGAAUCAAAACAACAGUAAUUCAAAUACCACGAAUCUAGCAUCCCAAUCCAGCCACUUAGUUGUAUCUAAAGCGAAGAAAACCGCUGCACAGAUGAUUGCUAACCGACAACGUUCAUUGGCUGCCAUGAAACAGCAACCACAGCAACAAGUACAUCCCGUGGGACUUUUCGCCUCACCUGCCGCCAAGCUACAAGGUGUCAAUCAGAAACAACAGAAAUCCCCUAUCAGUGCAGUUUCCGCCAGUUCUGCUCCAAGAAUGACAAAAACAGUGUCUCCUCUGUCGGACAGCGUUAGUAUUACUAAAAUUACUAGCACUGGUCAGCGAAUAGCAAUGAACAAUCCAUCUAUCAGUUCAAUCAGCAAUACCAACAGUAAUUCACCUGGCAUCAGUCCGGCCCUUUUAAGCAGCAGUAUAGGAAGAAAGCAGGACUUGGUGAUAACUAAGACAGUUCCUGGCGCUGCCACUGUACGGAAGGUAGUUUCCGGGCCUAACAUGAUAGUAAAGCCGCAUAUGGCACCUGCUGCAAAGCGAACCUUCCCGCCGGUUUCACCAGUGAUGAGAAACACCGCAACAGCAACGACAACACAAUCGCCCACAAUGAAUUCAACGCUGGCUGGAAAUGCUAGCGGAGCAACUAGUCGAAUUGUGUCGACCGCACCGAGUAGCAGCACCAUCGGUAACAGCAUAACAGUACGGAAGCGAAAGGCCCCAGAGCCCACGCUGAUAGAUAGUUUCAAGGCAAAAAACAACUCCAUCACCAUCAGUGAGGUUCGAUCGAUUUAUCAACCACCGGUCGCCAAGAAACCUAAUCAGGGGCCACCAGUACAGGCACAGAAACGAUUAGGGAGCGGUAUAACGAUCACACCCAGAAAGCCAAGCAACCAACAGCCACAGCAGAACGUCGAAGUAGUGGAAAUCGAAUGAACCCUAGCAUCAUCAUCCAGCAAGCUGAUUGCAGAGUAGUCCAGAGAAUCCUACCGGAACACAACGACUUGCUGCGGUGUGUUACCAUUAUAGUACACUUUCCUGUUAGAUUAUAGAGGCAAUAAUGGGGUGAACGGGGUCCCGCCCUGCCGGAAAUCCAGUGGAAGACGAGUUUUAUUACAACAUAUUUUAAGAAGCAACCUUGAUACAGGAAACCAAAACUAAUUUAAAAAUAACUGUACAAUAACUCGCUUGAAGACAAGAUUUCUCCUGGUAAUCAUCUACAGAUUAAUGCUAGCGGAAAAAUUAAUAUGCUUUUUAGAGCAUUUAAAACAGGAAUCGUCGCACAAUGACAACUGCAAAAUUUAGUUUUGCCAUAGUUUUUUUUAAACAAAAAUAAAAAAUAUUCAAUUCGUAGCAUGUUUUGUCAGCCGAAUAGGUUCUUUUAGAAACCAGUUCAAUAAUGACAGAACAGUCAGUAUAUUGUGUACAUAAUCUUCUUGUCUUAACAAUAGACAACCACUAUUUAUUUCGUUUUAAAUUAUUUUGUGACAGAAAAUCAAUCAAUGUGGAAGCUAACGUAGAAGAAAAUCAAUUCAUAUAAAUGUGAAUGUGAAUGUAGAGAUGCAACGAUUGAUGUUUCUUUUCAUCAUACCUAAUAAUUAAGAUAUAGAAAGUGUAAAUAGUGAAACGUACACUAAAGAGGUAAUCAUUUACUUUUAAAAUGGCAAUAUAUUAUGUACAUUUGUUAAUAGCAUUUGUGAUUCCACAGAAGGUACUGAUAAUAAACAUGAUUCAACUUGUGAUACAUGACAA